AUGCAAUUUUUCACCACCUUCAUUGCAACUGUGACCAUCGCUGCUUCCGGUUUGUUGGCCGCACCUCAAUACGACCCAAUAAGCCUUGCAAAUGAACUGCUCAGUGUGGCCGCACCAGUGGCCGCAAUCACUAUGGAUCCGGUAGUUUUGGAAAGGCGAGGCACCAAUCACUAUGUCCCAGCAAGUUUACAAGCUCCUACUGCUUCCAAAGCUGUCUUACCAGCAUCUAUCCCCAUCCUUGACCAAAUGUACGGACAUCUCGAGACGUGCAUGAAUGGACUCGAGAUCCAUUCUUCGAACAUCAAAACUCAUUGCGACAGCACCAACGAAGCAAACGCAUCCGAAAAAAGUCAAAGCUUAUUAAUCGAGCUUCAAGCCAUCAUGGCUUUGUUUAUGACUUGUAUUUCUGGAAUGACCUUGACCAUGAGAACUGCCAUGUCUAGCGGACUUCAAGCUUCUCAGUCAAUGGUAACCGAAGGUGCUAUCCAUUCAAUGUCCGACUUCGGUGGCCUCUUUAUCAAAAUGACUGCCACAUUGAAAGAUAUGUAUACCCACAUGUCACAAGUCACCUCGGCUCACCCCAUCAUUAUGCAAACCUGCGGUGGUAUGAUGGUCGAAGUGUCUGUGAAACUCACCUCGAUCACUUCAGCUUGUGUUCCAAUGAAAGGAUUCUCUGCAGAAGUGAUGAGUAAAGCUGGAACUAACUUUCAAGGAUACCAACAAGUUGGAUUUGGUUUCAAUUCAUUCUUGAACGUACUCGCAUAA